UACAGCCAAUGAUAGUUAAUGCGAUACAUACUGUUGGUGAUCAAACAGUCGAGCCAGUGACGUGCGUCGUAAAGCUUCAAAUAUCUCAUUCAUUUCGCGCGAUCAACCUGUUGUCGGAUCACGAAGUCUUCUUUCUAAUUUGCGUUUAAUAUUAAAGAUGACGCCUCUACUUCGGUGGGUGUUGCUGGCGUUGCUGUUGGCCAUGGUGGUCGCGCAUCCGGUCGAACACGCAUGCGUUUAUCUCUGCCGUACACGGAACACCAGCCCCGAGAUCACGGGAGGCUGCGAGCACCAGCAGAAACUCGUUCUUCAGUCCAGCGGAGGCCGGUUCCUGAUUCACCGUCUCUUCAGGCUCUGCUUGACCCCGUGUCAUGGUUCGUCGGAUUUGCUCGUCUUCGACAACACCCGCAACUGUCGUACGUUUCGAGAGACGCUUAUCCGGUGCUACGGUUGUUCCUGCGACGACGUAAAUUAUGGCGAAACAGGGAAUAACCAAGAAGAUCCUUCGACAGUCAAUAAAUUCGAAGAGGAUCAGUUGAAGGAGACCGAUGUAACGAGAAUGUUGGAGAAGGCGGGCGAACAACAUAUUGUUCGAGGUCAAAGUUUAAAGACCAAAGAUGUUGGUCGAUACAUCACGGAGAUCAAAGCGGAAAAGGAUAUAAUCCAAGCAGAUCUUAAAGAUACCGGCAAUUUAAAUAAAGCAGACUCUGAAGAGACACCCAAAGAUGCUGCUAAUGGUAAUUUAGAGAAACCAGGCUCCGAAGAUGAUGCUUCUCGUAAGAAAGACUCCACGGAUGAAACAUCUGUAGACUGGGACCGAUGGUGUAUGAACCAAUGUGACAACGGUAAGGGUGGAAGCGCUUGUAAGUGUGACAUAAUACCGUGAAGAGGAAGAUGGGCUUCCGGGCGAUGAAGGCAGCAGAUUUACGAAUUUACAUAUCUCGUAGGUUAGUCGGAACAAUGGUACCGAUAGAUAUAAGGUUAGUUUCUUUGGUUGAUAACACGUAAACAUCACUAUUUCGUGUAUCUUUCUUUCUUUUUCUAAUCUACGUAUAUUCCUCGAUAAUAAUCGUCGAGGCGAGAUUCGAUCGUAUAUUACGAUUCGUGUAUGUAAUUCCAAUAAUCGCGAUGGGCGAAUAAGAAAAGGGUAUUUCGUGUCUUUUAUCUGAAGAUGCUUUCGACUCAGCUGCUCGUUGCUAAUCAACGAGAUAUCGACAAAGUAUGUAAGACGGCAGUGGAAUAUUUUUUUCGAAAUGAUCGCGAUCUGCGAUUAUCGGUCUUUAGAUGGCUUAAUUGCUUUCUUAGGCUUAAGAGACUUCUUUAGACGCUAGGUCCGGUUCACGCGCUCAACGAGGGGAGCUUAACGACCAAGGAAAAAACUUUUUAUCAGACCGCAAUAGAGGGAUCUUCUUCGAGACAAAGGAGGCUUUUCGUUGUCACGAAUUAUCGACCGUUCUCCAUGAUAAAAAUGACACAUCCUUCACAAGGUAUUUACAGUUCAGGCAAACGAUAGAGAACACUGUGAGCAUCGUUCUAAAGGCGUGUGAACAGGACAAUAAAGUGCAAUGUGUGUAUUAUGCAAUAAACGAUAUUUAUACGUGGCAGCGGUGCAACAAACGCGUGCACCCGCGCGUCGAUAUACGUCUAGUUUCCUAAGAUUUCUUCUAGUUGUAAUAAAUAAUCUUUUACACAACACCGCCGUAUCUUUAUUAAUAAUGCUAUAUUUAAUGUAUUUAAUUAGGGUAUCAAUAGUUUAAGAUAUUUGUUAAGGGAAAUGAAACAAAAUCCAUGUCUUCCAAUUUCGUAGUUUCCUUGAUACUUCGCGUAUAAUCAAGCCUCGAACAUGAUCGGAUGUAAUAAUCCGACAGGCGAGCAGAACAAUGCAAGCAUGCGAGUACUUGUUGUAGUUGUUAUUUAGGCGAUUACUUUUUGAACGCGAUCACGUUCCAGUUCGAGGGAAAUCGAUGGUGAUUGUAAAACGAUUCUUCGAGUUCCUUAGAGCGAAACGUACGUUCGUUCAUUUUAUAUAGUGUGCCGUUCAAAAAAACGUUGUGACGCGACAAUAAGACGUAGAUUCUAGUAUGCCUGUGCGAUGCAAAACUUUGUCUUUCGCGCACUUUCGAUAUAUACAUUUAUUUGUUAAAAAAAAAAAGAAAAA